AUUUGAUAAAAUAUUACACAUAAUCACCAAACCAAAUUCACAAAAUCAAAAAAGCAUUUAUAUAAUCAUUACUAGAUACUCCAUUUGAUAUGAUUUUUUAGAGUCAUGGUCCAUUUAAUAUUUCCACAAUAUGCUUUUUCUUUUUUGUCACUUGGUAUGAAAAUCAUUAAUUAAUGACCAUAAAAGAAAAAGUAAAUAAAAGAUUAAAAAAAAUUAAAACCACUCACAAAAUACAUGAAAAUAAAAAUAAAGUAGGUAAAAGCGCACACUGAAUUGAUUUGACUUUUUGACUUUUUGUGUUCCCCUUUGUUACAGUCACUAAUUUUUCUCCGUUAUUUAAUUAAUGGAAUAAAUAAAACUUCUGCAAAUACAAUACUCAUUUUUCUCGUACUCGCCGCCAUAUUUUCCCGCAGUCUCUCUCUCUCUCUCUUCUUUCUCUCUCUACAUUUCUCGCCGUACAAAGUACUUUUCUCCAUCAGUCGUUGAGUUGUUGCCUUCACAGAUCAAACACCGGAACAAGUAACGCCCGUAGAAACCCUAACGCCACUCUCUCUCUGUCUAGGGUUUUCGUCAAUAUUUUUCAAUUUCGCUGACUGUACAAUGCAAAGGACGAGCAGCUCCGCCUCCGGCGGCGGUCGUCAGCCGCCGUCGGAAUCCAACCCCCACCACAGGUCCACCGUCCCCCGCCACUAUAAUUACCAAGGUCCGCCGUUCCGCCGCCCGCCAAAUCAACAGAACCGCUUCAGGCCCGCGUUUUCUCCCCACCAGCGUGAUCGACCCCCAGCCCGACCCAAUUUCAUCGUCCAGGUUCAUUCCGACGCCCAAUCUGCAGUGAAGGCGGCGGAGGUGGAGGGUUUAAUUCAGAAACUUAAGUUCCGGCCGCAGAAAUCGGAUGUUGUCGCCUCUAAUUAUAUAGCGGGUAAACUUCAUUAUGAGCAGUGGAGUGAAACUCUGGAAACAGUUGUUCAGUUGUGGGAACUGAAAUUGAAUGAAGAUGGGCACAAAUUUUGGCCUCACGUCGUUUCUAAUGUCGAGGUGCCUUCGGAUAAGUCGGAAUUGAACGAUCGGUUAAAGGAGCUGUUCUUGGAGAAGUUGAAGGGGUUGAAAGAAGGGGAUUUGGUGGAGAAGUGGCUGAAGAAAUUGGGGAAUGUGGUGAAUGAAAUUAAUAGGGUUUCGGAUAAGUUGAAGAAACCACAGAGGUUAGGUGUAGUUGAUGAGCAAUUGAGGAAAAGGAAAGGUUUGCAGGCGGAGAGGGAUCUAAUCUUGAACAGGGUGCAGGAAUUCAAGAAUGCGGUGAAGUGUAUUGAAAAUUAUUUGGAGAAUAAGGAAACUGAUGAAGAAGGGAGCGUUCCGAUUUUUUGCUUUUUGAAAGGAGAAAUUGAUUGGAGGAGAAUUUACAAGUUGAUGAUGAGGGAAUGUAGAAGGCUUGAUGAUGGACUGCCUAUUUAUGCACAUAGACGCGACAUUUUGAAGCAAAUACAUUGCCAACAGGUUACCGUACUGAUAGGUGAGACGGGUUCAGGAAAAAGCACACAGUUAGUUCAGUUUCUUGCCGAUUCUGGAGUUUCAGGCCCUGAGUCCAUUAUUUGCACUCAGCCUCGUAAACUUUCUGCUAUCUCUCUGGCACAAAGAGUCAAAGAGGAAAGCUGUGGCUGUUAUAAGGAUACAUCAGUCACCUGUUAUCCUUCGUAUUCAUCCGUUCAGGAUUUUGAGCCCAAGGUGAUAUUUAUGACUGAUAACUGCCUACUGCAGCACUAUAUGAGUGAUAAGCAACUCUCCAAGAUUUCAUGCAUUAUAAUUGAUGAGGCUCAUGAAAGAAGCUUGAAUUCCGACCUCCUUCUGGCUUUAAUCAAGAAACUACUGUGUCAGAGGCCAUUUCUCAGGCUUAUAAUUAUGUCUGCAACUGUGAAUGCAGACCAAUUUGCACGCUACUUUUUCGAUUGUAUGACUUUGCAUGUGUCUGGCAGAAACUUCCCUGUCGAUAUUAAAUAUGCACCUUGUGAGUGUGAAGCACUUCCACCUUCUAAAUUAAUUCCUUCGUAUGCGGUUCAUGUUUUGAAGAUGGUGUCUGAGAUCAACAAAACUGAGAGGGAAGGCACUAUCCUUGCAUUCUUGACCUCUCAGAUGGAAGUCGAAUGGGCUUGUGAGAAGUUUCAUUCUUCAUCUGCCAUUGCUUUGCCUUUACACGGAAAGCUUUCUUAUGAGGACCAAAAUCGAGUAUUUAUAGCGUCUCCAGGAAAAAGAAAAGUUAUAUUCGCCACUAAUGUUGCCGAGACAUCAUUGACAAUUCCAGGUGUCAAGUAUGUGGUUGAUUCUGGAAUGGCAAAAGAGAGUAGAUUCGACCCUGCUACUGGUAUGAACGUUCUCAGGGUUUGCAAGAUUAGCCAGAGCGCUGCUAAUCAACGAGCUGGUCGUGCUGGGAGAACUGAACCUGGGACAUGUUAUAGACUCUACAUGGAAUCUGAUUAUGAGUCGAUGCUGCCUCAUCAAGAACCAGACAUUCGUAAGGUACAUCUUGGUGUAGCUGUUCUGAAAAUUCUUGCUUUGGACAUGAAAGAUGUGCAGAACUUUGAUUUCGUUGAUGCACCUUGUGAUAAGGCUAUAGAUAUGGCUGUGAGAAGCCUUAUUCAGCUUGGAGCUGUUGUUAUGAAAAAUGAUGUUUAUGAGUUAACUGCCGAAGGGCGUGAUAUGGUCAGGAUGGGUAUGGAACCUCGGCUUGGGAAAAUAAUUUUGGAGGGCUUUCGUCACCGUUUGGGUAGAGAGGGUCUUGUUCUUGCUGCUGUAAUGGCAAAUUCGAGCAACAUAUUUUGCAGAGUUGGUACAGAGGACGAUAAGUUGAAAUCUGACCGCCUUAAGGUGCAAUUUUGCCACCCUAAUGGUGAUCUCUUCACAUUGCUUGCUGUUUAUAAAGCCUGGGAGGCUGUGCCACAGGAAAAGAAAAAUGUCUGGUGUUGGGAAAAUAGCAUUAAUGCAAAGUCCUUGAGGAGAUGCCAGAACACUGUGCUAGAGAUGGAAGGUUGCCUUCAAAAUGAAAUGAAUCUCAUUGUGCCAAAUUAUUGGUAUUGGAACCCCCAAAUUUGCAGCGCGUAUGAUAAGAAAUUGAAAAGUAUAAUACUAUCUUCGCUGCCAGAAAAUGUGGCUAUGUAUUCUGGGUACGAUCAGCUUGGUUAUCAAGUGGCGGUAACAAAGAAACAUGUUCAAUUGCAUCCUUCAUGCUCUCUGUUGAAUUUUGGUCAGAGGCCAGCCUGGGUGGUUUUCGGGGAGAUACUUUCGGUAUCCAACGAGUACAUGGUCUGUGUUUCUGCAUGCGACUUUGACCAGUUGUCAACCCUUUCUCCUCCACCAGUGUUUGAUUUCUUGAACAUGGACAUUCAUCAAUUGCAGAAGAGGGUUUUGUCGGGACUUGGAAGUGUGUCGCUGAAAAGGUUUUGUGGGAAAUUUAAUAGCAAUGUCCGCUCCGUUGUUUCAACUCUCAGAGCAUCAUGUGGGGAUGAGAGGAUAGGUGUUGAAGUCAAUGUUGACCAGAAUGAGGUACUUGUUUUUGCUUCUUCUCGAGACAUGGAGAAAGUGUGCGGUGUAGUGACUGAAGGAUUGGAGUAUGAAAAGAAGAUGCUGGAAAAUGAAUGCUUGGAGAAAUGCUUAUACAAUGGAGUAGGCCAGGUUCCACCUUCAAUUGCUCUCUUUGGUGCUGGUGCUGAGAUAAAACACCUGGAACUUGACAAGAGAUAUUUGACUGUGGACGUAUCUCAUUCCAACAGAAGUGCAAUUGAUGAUAAGGAGCUUCUCGUUUUUCUGGAGAAAUUUACCUCAAGUCAAAUAUGCGCCGUUAAUAAGCUCUCGUGCUCUAGUUCAGACAGUGAGAAGAACAAAUGGGGAAGGGUGACAUUUCUCACACCUGAUGCUGCUGAGAAAGCUGUCGACUUGAAUAAGACUGAGUUUUGUGGUGGAUUAUUGGAGGUAAUUCCUUUUAGAAGCAAUUUUGGUGGCAAUGAAAGAAUGCCAUCUCUCAUAGCCAAAAUCUCGUGGCCUCGUAGGCCCAGCAAAGGGGUUGCAUUUGUGGAUUGUCUUCCAGUGGAUGUGCCGUUUAUCGUCAACGAUUUCUCUAAUCUGUUAAUUGGAGGAAGGAUUGUUUGGUGUGAAGCAAGUACGAAGUUUAGGGACAGUGUUGUACUUCGUGGACUUGAUAGGGAUCUUUCUGACGAUGAAAUAUUGCCAGUGCUACAAGCAACAACAAAUAGGUGGAUUAAGCGUUUCUCUUUGAUGAGAGGAAAUGUCGUAGACAAACCUUCACCUGUUUCUUGCGGAGAAGCAAUUUUGCGAGAGUUAAAUUCCUUUAUGCCUAAAAGGAACCCAUGGGGUAGUUGUGUAAGUAUUAAGGUGCACACCCCGGAACCAGAUUCGUGUUUCGUAAGAGCCAAUAUUACUUUUGAUGGAAGUCUACAUUUGGAAGCAGCUCGGGCGUUGGAGCAAAUCGAUGGGAAAGCAUUGCAGGGAUUCCAUUCAUGGCAGAAAAUACGAGUUCACAAAAUGUUUCAUAGCUCUGUUUACUGUCCUGCACCUGUGUAUUUUGUUAUCAGGGACCAGUUGGAUUCUUUGAUUCAAAGGAUCCAGAAGCAAAAGGGUUGUGACAAAUGUUAUCUGGAAAGAAACCUAAACGGUGCUUAUCUUGUAAAGAUUUACGCCACCGCUACAAGAAUCGUGGCGGAGCUGAGAAGACCGCUGGAGGAACUCACGAAAGGGAUUGCCGUACAGCAUACGGACAUCACCCCAUCGGUCCUUCAGACACUCUUCACGCGAGACGGAAUCAUGCUCAUGAGAUCCAUUGAACGAGACACGCGCACGCACAUAAUCUUCAACAAGCAUACCACAACCGUAAGACUCUUUGGUUCUCCAGAAAACACCGCCCGUGCACACGAUAGCCUCGUCAAAAACCUUCUCUCUCUACACGAAAGCAAACACCUCGAAAUCCAUCUACGCACCACAGCUUUCCCCAGCGACAUGAUGAAGAGGGUUAUACAGCAAUUCGGACCCGACCUUCGCGCCCUCAGGGAGAAGGUUCCAGAAGCAGAGCUAUCCUUAAACACGAGACGCCACUGUGUAUCUGUAGUGGGCACCAAAGAAUCGAAGCAAAGAGUUGAAGACAUAAUCCGUGAACUAGCACAGACAAGCGGAUCGCAGACUUUGAAGAACGACAACGAUGUUUCAUGUCCGAUUUGUAUGUGUGACCUGGAGGACAAGUACAUGCUCGAAGGCUGCUGCCACGAGUUCUGUCGGCUGUGCUUAAUCGAACAGUGCGAAUCUGCAAUAAGAAGCCGAGACAGUUUCCCUCUACGCUGUACGAAGGAAAAUUGCGGGGCCCAAAUUCUGCUAUCCGACCUGAGGUCUUUGCUUCCCAUUGAGAAACUGGACGAGCUUUUCCGAGCUUCGCUCGGCGCCUACGUGGCGGCGAGCGGGGGCGAUUUCCGGUUCUGCCCCUCGCCGGACUGUCCUUCUGUGUACAGAGUGGCGGGCCCCGAGGAUGGCGAUUCCCUCUUUCAAUGCGGUGCUUGCUUCGUGGAGACGUGCACGAGGUGCCACGUGGAGUACCACCCUCAACUUACGUGCGAGAAGUACAGAGAGUUCAAAACUGACCCUGACUUGUCACUCAAGGAAUGGUGCAUGGGGAAGGAGCAUGUCAAGAAGUGCCCGUGCUGCGAUUUCACUAUCGAGAAAGUUGAUGGGUGCAAUCACAUAGAGUGCCGGUGCGGGAGGCAUGUUUGCUGGGGAUGCUUGUUGGACUUUGACAGCAGCGACGAUUGCUACACCCAUUUGAGGUCCGUACAUGGAGCCAUUAUUUAACUUAUUAUGUGAUUUUACCGGUAUUUAUGCAUGUAUAUAUUUAUAUAAUAUAUAUAUAUAUUUAUAUAUCUGUCUGUGUUGCUUAUUUGCCAUGCUUAUCUUUGAAUCUUUCGAUAUGUAAAGUUGACGUUGCCUGGUAGAAUAGAAUCUGUCUAGGGGUAGUUAGUUGCCUUUUUGUACAUAUAUGCAAUUGGCCCCCUUGAUAAACAUAUCUAAACUUCUUUUUUAUCCGUGUUUA